GCUACUGUGUGGUGUACCAGGAUGGCCCAUGAUUAGCUGAGGCAUGUGUGACGGGGAUAGUUCUGCAUGUUACGUAAUAGAAGGAGGCGGAGGCAGAGACACACCUCAACAUUUAAAAGUGCUUUCAGUUCGAGGAGCUUUGGAGUUUACUUUCUUUUUCACGCCCUGGGAACCACACCAUGGACAUUAUAGCAGUUUUACAGGUAUCUCUUUGGCUGUUGACUCUUUGGGUGCGAGGAAGUCAGUGUGUGCAUUGUGUAAACAACUCUUAACUUUUGCUGGUGUCUAUUUUAUCACUCUUUUUCAACACCUCACAUUUCUGUGUAAGAGGAAAGCAAAACACCCAAGAGAAUGGAGGUCGACUUCAUAUUUUUCUAUCCUGUCUCAGACUUUAUGUUGAACACGUUUGGUCUUGGGUUCUUCUUCUUGGACAUGGUGCUUGACAUUUCAGCGGUUGUUGAUUUUUAUCAGAAGGAAGCCUAUGUCAGUAUGGGAGUGCUGAUCUUUUUAUUACUGGGAUCAUCUGUGCUGCUGCAGAUAUUCAGUUGGCUUUGGUAUAACUAUAGCUCGGGAGACGAAAGGAACUGCCUUGACAAAUAUCUGUACCUGGAAAAGUACUUGAAGGGAAUCUUUUGUGGGGUACUCCAUGUGUGUCAGCUGGGACUCAUCCUCAGGUUUGCAGGCAUGAUGGAGAUCUCUCUUCGCAACCUGAAGACCCGUACAGCCAAGAAGGAGGGCAUCGCCGUCUACCUGACCCAUGACCUCAGCAUGCUGCGCCUCAUCGAGACGUUCUCAGAGAACGCUCCUCAGCUGACCCUCAUGAUCACCAUCAUCUUGCAGAGGGAGGAUGUGGAGUGGGUCACAGGUCUUAAGACUGUGGUCUCAUUUGCUGCCAUCUCCAUCAGCCUGGUCAUGUACCACCGUUCCAUGCGCUCCUUCCAGACGGACAAGAACCAGAUGACGUGGACCUCAUCUCUGGUCUACUUCCUGUGGAACUUCCUCUUGAUUGCCCCACGUGUGGCAGCAAUAGCCCUGUUUGCCUCUACCCCGCCCCUCGGUAUGAUUGCAGUCCACUUCGUCUGCCUGUGGCUCGCACUGUUCCUCUGGGCCUGGCAUCAGAAAACGGACUUCAUGGAAAAUGAAGGGAAUGGCUGGGAAUGGCUCUACCGGGCCACUGUAGCUCUCAUUUGGUACUUCAGCUGGUUCAAUGUAUCCCAGGGCGGCUCCAGACGAAGGAGCAUCAUCUAUCAUUCCAUGAUAGCAGUGGACAUUAUGCUCCUGAUGGGGCGGUGGUGGUGGUGUUGGCAUAGCGACCAGGAUCCAUCUAUAUUCGGCGUGUCAGCACUGGCAGUGUUUCUGCCAGCACUGGGUGGAUCCUACACCCUAGGAAUCAUAGUGAAGAUAUGGUACUACAAAAAAAUUCAUCCUAACAAAACAGCCACUGAAGAGUCUGGAGAUGAUGAAAGAGCGCCCGCGUGCUUAGAGGGAGUUGUGUCAGGUGAGGACACGGUGACCACUCCUUUGCCAGUUGACUCUUCACCCUCACCCCAACCCCCACCGAGGCCUUUGACUGGCGCCCAGAAGAGGUGUGCUAAGCUAAAUGUUGACCAAAUAGCACUGCUGUCAGGUGGGGCGAUUGAGUGUUCUGCACCGCAACAAGUUAGCCUGCUGCUUCACACCACUGACCACUUCAUGUGCUGCUCCCCACAGUAG